CGGGCGGAUGGGAACAAACUUCAGAACGAGGAGAGACAGCAGGGCCCAGGGCACCGUCGCGGGCGGGCAGACCCAGGCAGUGAGGGCCUGUGGCCUGCCGGCCAGGGCAGCGGCGUGGCGGCGGGCGCGGCGGGGACCUGCGCGAGGACGCCCUGAGCCCUCGGCGGGCUGCGAGCGACUCCCCGGCGAUGCCGCACAACUCCAUCAGAUCCGGCCAUGGAGGGCUGAACCAGCUGGGAGGGGCCUUUGUGAACGGCAGACCUCUGCCUGAAGUGGUACGUCAACGCAUCGUGGACCUUGCCCACCAGGGCGUGAGGCCCUGUGACAUCUCCCGCCAGCUCCGAGUCAGCCAUGGCUGUGUCAGCAAGAUCCUUGGCAGUAGGUACUACGAGACUGGAAGCAUCCGGCCUGGAGUGAUAGGGGGCUCUAAGCCUAAGGUGGCCACCCCCAAGGUGGUGGAGAAGAUUGGAGACUACAAACGGCAGAACCCUACCAUGUUUGCCUGGGAGAUCCGAGACCGGCUCCUGGCUGAGGGUGUCUGUGACAACGACACUGUGCCCAGUGUCAGCUCUAUCAACAGAAUCAUCCGGACCAAAGUGCAGCAACCGUUCAACCUCCCCAUGGACAGCUGUGUGGCCACCAAGUCCCUGAGCCCAGGACACACGCUGAUCCCCAGUUCAGCUGUCACGCCCCCGGAGUCACCCCAGUCAGACUCCCUGGGAUCCACCUACUCCAUCAACGGGCUCCUGGGGAUUGCUCAGCCUGGCAGCGACAGCAAGAGGAAGAUGGAUGACAGUGACCAGGACAGCUGCCGGCUGAGCAUCGACUCCCAGAGCAGCAGCAGCGGGCCCCGCAAGCACCUUCGCACGGACGCCUUCAGCCAACACCACCUUGAGCCACUCGAGUGCCCAUUCGAGCGGCAGCACUACCCGGAGGCCUAUGCCUCCCCCAGCCACACCAAAGGCGAGCAGGGCCUCUACCCGCUGCCCCUGCUCAACAGCGCCGCCCUGGACGACGGCAAGGCCACCCUGACCCCUUCCAAUACACCCCUGGGGCGCAACCUCUCGACUCACCAGACCUACCCCGUGGUGGCAGAUCCUCAUUCACCCUUCGCCAUAAAGCAGGAAACCCCCGAGGUGUCCAGUUCUAGCUCCACCCCUUCCUCUUUAUCUAGCUCCGCCUUUUUGGAUCUGCAGCAAGUCGGCGGCGCCGGGGUCCCAGCCGGUGCCUCGGUCCCGCCCUUCAAUGCCUUUCCCCAUGCUGCCUCCGUGUACGGGCAGUUCACGGGCCAGGCCCUCCUCUCAGGGAGAGAGAUGGUGGGACCCACACUGCCCGGAUACCCACCCCACAUCCCCACCAGUGGACAGGGCAGCUAUGCCUCUUCUGCCAUCGCAGGCAUGGUGGCAGGAAGCGAAUACUCUGGCAAUGCCUACGGCCACACCCCCUACUCCUCCUACGGCGAGGCCUGGCGUUUCCCCAACUCCAGCUUGCUGAGUUCCCCAUAUUAUUACAGUUCCACAUCAAGGCCAAGUGCGCCACCCACCACCGCCACGGCCUUUGACCAUCUGUAGUUGCUAUGGGGACAGUGGGAGCAACUGAGCAACAGGAGGACUUGGCCUGGGACAGGCCCCAGAGAGUCACACAAAGGAAUCUUUAUUUAUUACAUGAAAAAUAACCACAAGUCCAGCAUUGCGGCUCACUCCCUGUGUGGUUGAUUUAAUGAACCAUGAAAGACAGGAUGACUUUGGAGAAGGCCAAACUGUCCUCUAAAACUCCUUAAUGAGGGGCAGGAGUCCCAGGGAGAGAGAACUGUCCCAUUCCAAAAGAUACAAAAUUGGAGGAGAAAUAUGGAGAGAAGAGGGAACAGCCGAGGAGCUUGCGAGGGAUGACACUUGGGCGCCUGAUGGGCUUCAGGCCACACAGAGGCACCCAUGGCUCUACCAUCAACUCGCUCUUGCAGGCGCGGGCUGUGAGCACGCCUGUCCAGCCCACACACCGCAGCCGGGCACCAGGACUGUCCCUCACAGCCUCACGGAGAGUCCCGUCUGGCUGCCCCACAGCUGAGACUCCUGCUGUCCACCUCCUCCACCCAGCUUGCUUGGCUUUUCUGCACCUCUCUCUUGGCCAGGGCUAAGGGCUGGGUGGAGUGGAAGCCAGAAGCUCCACCUGGUGGUCAUCGGGCCUUCCUUUUGCCUGCUGCUGAGAAUGUGUGAGCACACCCCAGGUUCUCCUCCUGUGGAUCAUUCCUUCGCAGCCAGACCAACUGACGACAGCUUGACAGACAUUCCCAAGGGCCCCUGCGGCUCCUGGGGAGUGAGCUCCAGCCCUGCCCCCGGGCAGGGCAAGGCAGUAUUGCUGGGGACUCACUUCCCUCCCUCGACAGCCCCUGCCAAGCCAGGUAUGCGGCCUGCAGCCCCAGCCCACAGCAACCGAAGAGUCCCUGUGGCAACCCCCUGAAGCCAGCAUGGAGGUGCCCUCUCCGGCCCCCCGCAGCCCUUGCCCCCAAAGCCUGACUGUAAAUACUGUAAAUGAAGCUCUGUUUGGGUCAAGCUUCCCUCUUUCCACCCCCAGACUUUGGCCUCUCAGUGAAUUGUCUCCCUGCCAUGUUGGGCUUCUCUCCUUGAUGCUUCUUCCUUUUUUUUAAAGACAACCCACCAUUACCACAUAACUCAAUAAACCAUUACUCUUCGUCUCAGGCUUUGCAGUCAGCUGGGGAAGGAAGCACCCUGGGUCUGGGCUUUCUCCAGAGAACCUCAGAGCCCAGUGGCCCAUGAGUUCACUUUGGGGGGUGGAGAGUUGAAGGGCCGUCUGCUGCCCAGGAGCCCUGACUUAGCAUACUCUCUCUCCGUCUGUUAAUAGCCACUUAUCCUAAGCUUUGAUUUCCACUGUGAAUGAAUGCAAGGAUAAAAUGAGCGCAUGGCACGGUGCCGGGCCAAUCAGAGACUCCCCACAAGUAGUUGCUCUUGUUAUUCACAGGAAGCCAGAGAAUCAGCGGGGAGGAUUGGUGAAGGUUCUGGGAACACUAUACUCUGGAGCCCACAUACCAGCUCCCUUGUCCCCUGUGCUGUGAGAGGGGGAGGGGAGGAGACACUUCCUGGGCUCUACUGUGUGCCAGGCUCAGUGUGAAGGGCCUCGCAUAAAUUAAGGUGCGAUUAACCCCAUUUUACAUUUGAGGAAACUGAGGCUCAGACAGAAUGAAACAACUUGCCCAAGGUGGGGGAAGUGCUGGAUUCAAUCAAGUCCUCUUGGAAAGACUGAGCAAGAGGCCAGGAAGGGCCAAGGGAACCUGCAGGGACUUCAGAUGAUCCCUGUGUAAGAAAUUCUGGAGAACAGGGGUCACAUAAAAUGGUGGCCACAAGGGCUCUGCCCCCAUCAGGGCACUUGGCCUGUUGGCACCCCACUCCCCCCACCCUGCGUGGGGUGCAGUGGGAACAAGGGACGGGUCUCUGGAGCAGGGCACCCAGAUGAAUGCUAACAGCAGGGCAGAUGACUGAGAUGGAGUCAGAUGAAGAGAGGACUCCUCACCCACCGGGCAUUCCCUGGUGUCUAGGGAGGGCUGAGGAGGAGAGAUAGGGCUUUUACCCCACCCCUGGUCCUCUCUAAAGAGAGGCCAGGGAUGCUCACUGACCAUGGCACGAGAGUAGAGCCUUGAGACCAUCCCACAGAGAAAACCUGUCUCUUCUCUUCCAAGGGGAUCUAAGAUGAGCCUCAUUUUCCAGUAAUAGCACUUCCUUCCAGCUACAAGCAUGGGAGCAGGACUGAAUCCCAUCGUAUCUGAAACUCCUUGUCAUCCAAACUCUCAGUCCCCGAAUGCCCUAAGAUAGCCCCCAACCUGGUUUGGGAGCAACAAUAACUCCCCCCCCCCCCCUGCCCGCACCCAACCAUUCAAGAUCACUUUGAGAGGCAUGGUGCCCCAGGGAGCCUGCAGAGCGAUUUUUCAUUUGCAGCGAAAACCCUCUCUGGGAACACUUGGUGCCCUUGCCAGGCCUUCUCCACAGGGACUGUGCUUUUGCCCAGGGUGACCAUGGUUCAAGACUCCCCUUCCUUUCUCUGAGGUGGAGUGAGCAUCCCAGGGCACUCUGCUUAAAGUAGGUGUUGGUAUGUGGUGUGGGCCGAGGGCAGUGUGUCCUGGCCGGUGCCUAUCCAGACAUUCAAUCCACGGUCAAACCAUGGUCCACCUUUGGGGUUCGGAAAAUACAGUCCUCUAUGUGUUGGGGAAAAGCAAUGAUUUGAAGUGCCCCAGCAUCGGGGGCGCUGUUGAGAGCAGUUGGGGAGGCAUAGGCAGGGCUCAGCAAAGGGCUAUGAGGAGAGUAGGGAGAUGUGUUGGAAUGUGGGAGGCACCUGUGGGGAGCUGCGUGACAGGUGGUUGGUUUACCUUGUGGCAAAGUCUCUGUGAAGGCUUGUGGGAGCAGAGCAUGUGGGGAGGAGAAUUUGGGACGAGGCAUGCACAGGCCUGUGCAUCCCAAGGCCCAGCCUCACCUACCCUGCAGAGCCACUGGAGUAAUCCCCAUCACAGCCUGUGUGGAGAGGCCUCCUCAGCUUUCCAGGCAGCAAUCCCUGCUCCUGCUCCAGCAUCUUCACCCAUCCCCUUCAGUGACCCCCGUCCUCCAUCUCCCACCCCUCCUAGCUCGGCCAGGCCAGCCUAGGGUCCCGGUAGCUCACAGAGUCUGAGCCGGCCAGGCAGCCCCUGUAGGUGACUCAAACCACGGGGGCCACAAGGUGGAGUAGAAUCCAUCUUUCUAAGGUGGGCCAGAGCUGUUGUGACCACCUGGCCCCUACCGCACAGCCUGCAGGGGUGGAGAUGGGGAAGCGGGAGUCCUGCCUCCAAGGUCAACCCUGGGCUGGUUCCAACCUCCCCACCCCCUACCUUCUCCAAUAUUCUUGCUGUGAGCUGUUACUAAAGAGAGUGUAUGUUCAAUGGGGGCACACACUCCACCCUGGCGACAAGCACAGACAAGAGGAGUUAGCAGCCACAGUCUACAGAUAGAAAUAGGAGACCAGGGAAGUUGAGGUGCUUACUAGGGUGGCCCUUCUGCUUGCCCUCCCCAUCUGCCUGCUUCCUUCCUCAAAUGCACACACCUUUUCAGGUGUGUACACACCUCGGUCCUCAUUAGGCAAUUCCUGAUGUCCUUUUCCUUUGGGGUGGGAGCAAAGGAUAGGCCCAGAGACUUCCAAGCCCCUUGUCAGUGGGAAUGAGCUUCAGGUACAGAGGGAAGCCAGUGGGGAUUGGGGCUCCUUCACUCCUUACUUUACUGCCCCCCCUUCUUCCCUCAUCCUUAGAAGAUGUACUAACCUUCACAUGGACUUAGUUUCUAGUUAUAAAGCUCAUUCACAUCAAUUUUUGUCGGUGAUUCUGAACAUCGGCCCCAUUUUGCACUUGGAGAAACUGAGAACAAAAGAUCACCUGACUUUCUCAAGGUCAUUCAGAGGAGCAGGGACCACAGCCCCACCCCUAAUCCAAGGCCAGCUCUGCAUCCUAAUCUAAAGCCUGGAUACCUGGGUGUGGCCAGGCCUCCGCAGAGACCUCAGGCAGCUUUGACUGUGUAGGGAGGAGCAGAAGGUCAGCGACCGACCGCCUAGGGCAUGGCUAUGCACUCCCAGAUGGAAGUCAGGCUACAGGUGGAGAAGGCAUGCAGGGCCAGGUUGAUCCUGCUCCCCCUCUGUCCCUGGGCCUGAGUUUCUCCUCAGGCCAUCCCUUGGCAGCUGUCCUCCUACCUUUAGGGUCACAAAGCAUUUCCACCUGUAAGGGAUCUGAUUGUUCUCUGCCAGCGCUCAGGCUUACGUGUCACGCUCCACAGGGUGACCAGGGUGCCCCAGGGUGGCUGUGAUUCUGGUGGAGAACCCUGUGUCCCCCCCACCUCUCUCACCUCUUUGUCCUGACACUUGCCAUCUCUUAGCCUCUGUCCUGUCCCUCCUCCGUGGGGUCCAAAGCAAUCGUUCCUUUGCCCACCCCCACCCCUACCCCUUUGGUGUCUGCAAAGUUGUGGACACGUGAGAGGCGGCCCUGCGUCCUGCUCCACCAAUGCCAGAAUGCUUUCCUCCUCUCUCCAUCGCCUCAUCUUUUGGCUCCUUGUUCUUUUCAUGACCUUCUUCCAUUCCUCUUCUGUUCCUCUUGCUCUUUGGGGCACUCGGGGACAUCGGCACAGAGGCCCUGUCUCCCAAAGGCCCAUAUACCUGCCCGCUGCCCCCCAGCUCCUGCAGGUGCACCACCCCCCUGAAGCCCCACCGCCACAUGUCGGGGACCCUGGGGGACAGGAACCCAGGGACGCAGGCAAGGCGAGUCCCCUCCUGGUCAGCAUCCUCGGCCGCCGGCAGGCACCCUUUCUCCUGCUCCGGAGGAGAAGCAGCAGCAGAGGGCCGCGGAGAGGCUGCCCAGGGAUUUGGGGCGGGACCGGGCCGGGCGGCAGGGAAGCAGGGGCUCCGGCGAGGGGAGAAGGGAGGCCGGGCCCAGCUCCCCCGCAGCUGCGCCUGGUGGCAGCUGGCCAGGCUGUGGAGUGAAGCGCUGCCUGCGGCUCUCGCAGGGAAAUGUGAUUUCCCCUUGAGUGAAGCGGACUGUGCAGUGUGGAAAUUGGCUCUUUUCUGAGCGAGCGCGGCUGUUGUGGAGUCGGGGCGGGCUGGGGCCCGCGGGAGGCCGCGCUGGCCCCUGGAGUGAGCCGGGAGCAGCCAUGUGCUGAGAACUCAUUAGGGAUAAAUCAAACCAGUACCAGCAUGAAGCCAACACCCGCCCCCCACCCCUCCCCCUCCCCCUCCCGCCGAGACCCCCACUCCCUCCUCCUCCUCCUCCGCGGCCCGGGCACCCUCCCCCAGCCGGGGAGCCGAGCCCACUGCACACGGACCGUCACGCGCAGCACAGGGGGGUGCAGCC